GACACUGCAUCCUUUUCGGCGUUGGCUCAAGCCUACUCUUUAACAAUGGGAUUUGUUUAAACUUGAGUGGGAUUUCCAUCAUGCUGGACUCACUACCUCAGUGGCGCCCCCACUGUCCCAGCUGGACAUGGCUCCUCUCCAUUGGGACUGCCCUGCUGUGGCUGCCCCUGUCCCACACAUCCGCCCUCAACUGCCACAAAACCUGCAUCUGCGCCUCCAACAUUGUCAGCUGCUCCAAGAUGAACCUGUCAGAAGUCCCACUCAACAUCCCUUCCUACACUGUAGUUCUGGACCUCAGCUACAAUGAACUUAAGAGGCUCAAAUCGGAGUGGACACCAGACCGUCUACCCAAUCUCUAUAACUUACUCGCUAGCCACAAUGAAAUGACUUUUUUGUCAUCAGAAGCAUUUGUGAAUGUAAAGCAGCUGCGCUACUUGGAUUUGUCUUCUAACCAUCUACGACAACUGGACGAAUUUGUCUUUGAGCCUUUGGUGAACUUAGAGGUCCUCCUUUUGUACAACAACAGAAUAACCACGAUUGACCGUGCAGCUUUUAUUACAAUGAUUAACUUGCAGAAGCUUUACCUUAGCCAAAACCAAAUCUCUCGAUUCCCCUCAGAGCUUGUAAGGGAGAAGUCACGCUUGGACAAACUAAGUUUAUUGGACAUAUCUUCAAAUCGGAUCGCGGUUUUGCCCAUAGAUGAGCUAAGAGUCCUCCCUGCCUAUAUAAAAAAUGGCCUUUACUUUCACAAUAACCCUUUGCAUUGUAAUUGUGACCUUUACACUCUUUUAGCUCACUGGUACAUACGAAAACUCAACUCUGCUGUGGACUUCAAAGAUGAUUACACAUGUGUCUUACCUGGACCCCAAAAAACCCAAGUUCCUGCCUUUGACCUUAGCAGUGAUUACAUGAAUUGCAGUACGUUCAAGGAGGAAGACGGGGAGGCAUAUUUGGAACAGACGCUACUUCUCGGGUGCGAUACAAAGCACAGGAACAUGUUUAAGACUUGGACACUGCCUGGGAACGUACCAGUGAUAGCAGGAAGUAACCAAACUGCGAAAGUGCUGCAUGACGGGAGUUUGCAGAUCAGCCCAGUGAAGACAGAUGAUUCUGGGACCUAUACAUGCUUUGCUACAAAUGAGGCAUUUAACGAGACCAUCUAUAUUGUGUUAAAAGUGCAUAAUUUUACCAUGCAAAGAAGUGGGGAAACUCUUAACACAGCGUAUACAACAUUAGUGGGUUGUCUAGCUAGUGUGGUCUUGGUCCUCAUGUAUCUGUACCUUACGCCGUGCCGUUGUUUCUGCUGUCCCAACAAGGGCAAAGGCAGAGGUGAAGACAGCAUCCACUCCUCCAUGCUAAGUGUUACACCGACCCAUGAGGAUCCAGCAUUGAAAGCAGAAAUAAACCGCCAUGUUGCUUUUAUCGACUCCAAGAACUCCCAGGGGCAAAAUGGCAAACUUAACCCCAAUGGUGAUGAGGAUGAAGAGGAUGAGGAGGAAGAACAGGAUGCAGAGGCUGGAUCACUCAUGAAAGGCAAGAGAAAGAAGUCUGUGGCGGAGUCUAUAAGCUCAGUGUUCUCAGAUACGCCCAUGGUGGUUUGAACUGGACAAGAUGGCCACCAUAUUUUGUAUCGUAAUCCAUCAAAUUGGACCUAUAAAUACAAGGGAUACUUUAGACAAUAAGCAGGACUUUUUUCUCCAGCAUUUAAUUGUGUAGCACUUAAUUUUCAUACUGUGAAGGAAUGGCGAUGUGAAUUGGGAAGAUUAGAAGUAGACUUGAGAAUUUAGGAGGUGACAAAUCAGAUUGGUGACAUAUAUGAUGCAUGGUUGGCUCAUUACUAUAGCCGAUUCAUAAGGGACUAAAAAUAGCACGCAUCUUAUGUAAACAUUGGGUACAUUUACUGCACAAGAGCCCAGACAGAGAUAGCCAGAGACACAGGAAGCCUUCGAUUCAUCUGUCAUUAAGACUGAGUCAUCUUUGGUAGAGUGGUACACCUAUUCUAUUUAUGUAGGAAUUUAUAUUGAAAACAGUAGCACAAGUAUGACAAUAACAAUCUAGAUUCACACGACACUGUAGCUCAUUUCAAUAUUUGUUUCUUGUGUGAAAUCUUGUACAGUCUAUAGGUAAACUCAUCUACUAUUAUGAAAAAGUGUAACUCAAGAAAUAUGAAUUCAUCUUUUACUGUUAUGUGACUGGGGUCUGUAACUAUGGGCCUUAAGUGGAGUACACCCGAGACGUUAUGACAAUGGCUAGCCAGCUCUAGAAGCAGACUGCCAUUUGUUCACUAUGAGAACAUUUUAUAGUCUCCAAUUAUUCUAAAACAUUUAUUACAGUUAAAACACUCUAGCCAUCCAUAAUAAGUGCUAAGUUGAGCGGAUGUCUUCAUUGUAGGCCAGCAUCUUCCAUGUGUUUUUAUUGUUGUGGUCUGUUACACUACCUGGAUAUUUGUAGUCAUUGCUUAGAGCGGCCAGCUGAGGCCUAUUGUACA